CGGGAAAACAGAGAGUGGAAGGAGUUUCAGUGUCUGGCCGCACGCGCACUGAGCAGCGUCGUCUCUGGCAGUUUACAGCCAUCUUGGGGUUUUUUGUCUUUUAAUUAAGAAAACAAAUAGUCACCGUGUUGUCCAGCGACCUGCUUCAGUAUGUCUGGCUUUGACGACCCGGGAGUUUACUACAGCGACAACUUCGGAGGUGGAGACGGACACGGCGGGGAUGAAGGCGGACUGAAGAAGACCCAGAUCAAGAAACGGUUCCGUGAGUUCCUCCGGCAGUUCCGAGUGGGCACCGACCGCACGGGCUUCACGUAUAAAUACCGAGAUGAGCUGAAGAGACACUACACCCUGGGGGAGUACUGGGUGGAGGUGGAGAUGGAGGACCUUUCCAGUUUUGACGAGGAACUGUCAGACUGUCUCUACAAGGUGCCCUCUGAGAACCUGCCCAUGCUGGAGGAAGCUGCGAAGGAGGUGGCCGACGAGGUGACCCGUCCCCGGCCCUCAGGAGAGGAGACGGUCCAGGACAUCCAGGUCAUGCUGAAGAGCGACGCACACCACGCCUCCAUCCGUGGCCUCAAGUCCGAGCAGGUGUCCCGUUUGGUGAAGGUGCAUGGCAUCAUCAUCUCGGCCACCGCGGUGAGGGCAAAGGCCACCAAGGUGUGUCUGCAGUGUCGUGGCUGUAGCGCCCUCAUCAACAACAUCCCCCUGCCCCCGGGCCUGCAGGGCUACGCUCUACCGCGCAAGUGCAAUAACGAGAGUACCGGAAGGGUGAAGUGUCCUGUGGACCCCUACUUCAUCAUUCCAGAUCGCUGCAUUUGCGUUGACUUCCAGACUCUCCGCCUACAGGAAUCCCCGGACGCUGUGCCUCACGGAGAGAUGCCCCGGCACCUGCAGCUUUACUGUGAUCGGUAUCUGUGUGACCGUGUGGUCCCAGGCAACAGAGUGACCAUCGUGGGCAUCUACUCCAUCAAGAAGACUGCCCCCGUGAAGGCCAAAGGCAGAGAGAAAAGUGCCGGUGUGGGCAUUCGUGCGUCCUACCUGCGAGUGGUUGGCAUCCAGGUGGACACGGAGGGAGUAGGACGGGGUGCUACUGGAUCCGUCACUCCACAGGAGGAGGAGGAACUGAGAGCGCUGGCUGCCACGCCUAACGUCUACGCCGCUCUGGCACGCUCCGUAGCGCCCUCCAUCUACGGCAGUGACGAUCUGAAAAGGGCCAUCGCCUGUCUGCUGUUCGGGGGUUCAAGAAAGAGGCUGCCCGACGGCCUCACUCGUAGGGGGGACAUCAACCUGCUGAUGCUGGGAGAUCCUGGCACGGCCAAGUCCCAGCUGCUCAAGUUUGUGGAGAGGUGCUCGCCUAUCGGGGUUUAUACCUCGGGGAAAGGCAGCAGUGCCGCAGGUCUAACCGCCUCUGUGCUGAGGGACCCCCACACCCGCGGGUUCAUCAUGGAGGGAGGGGCCAUGGUUCUGGCCGACGGUGGGGUUGUAUGCAUCGAUGAGUUUGACAAGAUGAGAGAAGACGACCGAGUGGCCAUCCAUGAAGCCAUGGAGCAACAGACCAUCUCCAUCGCCAAGGCCGGCAUCACCACCACCCUGAACUCCCGCUGCUCUGUGCUGGCCGCCGCCAACUCUGUGUUUGGCCGCUGGGACGACACGAAGGGGGAGGACAACAUCGACUUCAUGCCCACCAUCCUGUCUCGUUUUGACAUGAUCUUCAUCAUCAAAGACCACCACGACCAUCAGCGGGACAUGACCCUGGCUCGCCACGUGAUGAACGUUCACCUCAGCGCCCAGACACAGACGGAGGGCGUCGAAGGCGAGGUCACACUGGCCACCUUCAAGAAAUACAUUGCCUAUGCCAGGACUAAGUGUGGCCCUCGGCUCUCUCCCGCGGCCGCCGAGAAGCUGAAAAACCGGUACGUGGUGAUGAGGAGCGGAGCAAGAGAGCACGAAAGGGAGUCUGCCAAAAGGCCCUCCAUCCCCAUCACUGUCAGGCAGCUGGAGGCCGUUGUGCGCAUCGCAGAGUCCCUGGCCAAGAUGAAGCUGCAGGCUGUGGCUGGAGAGGAAGAGGUGGACGAGGCCCUCAGGCUCUUCCAGGUUUCCACGCUGGACGCCGCACUGUCCGGCAGCCUUUCAGGAGUGGAGGGCUUCACUUCUCAGGAGGACCAGGAAAUGAUCUCGCGCGUUGAGAAGCAGCUGAAGAGACGCUUCGCUAUCGGCUCCCAGGUGUCCGAGCACAGCAUCGUGCAAGACUUCACCAAGCAGAAGUAUCCGGAGCACGCCAUCUACAAAGUGCUCCAGCUGAUGUUGAGGAGGGGCGAGAUGCAGCACCGCAUGCAGAGGAAAGUGCUCUACAGAGUCAAGUAGAGCCGAUGUGCUCCAACACAUAUCCGAGUCAUUGUUGAUGUAAAUAGUUUUGGGUUUGCCUAUUCAUGCUCCUCUGCAUUUCCCACGGGACAUCUCAGAAUAUCCUGUCUCGUUCGUGGUAACCUGUCGGGGGUAGAUUCAGUUGCAUCUGGAUUUUACGGCGGCUACCGUCUGAUUACAUGUACCAGAACGGGGGGGAAAACUGUCGACCAGAUGUUAUGAAGUUUCUGCACGAUGUGUAAAGAAUUAAAGUAUUUGAAAUCAUAA